AUGGAGGAGCAGAAGCUGUCCAGCUUCAUGGAAUCCAUGGACAUCUCUACGAAAGAUAUUUGGACGCUUUUCAUGCUCAUCGACGCCGAUGAAAGCGGGGAAAUCUCCAUCGACGAGUUUGUUUCAGGUUGCAUGCAACUUCAAGGUCCGGCUAAAAGCAUCCAGCUGGCCAGGGUGCGUCACGAGAACAACCUGAUGCGACGUGAUAUCAGGAAUGUCUUGGAUGAAGUGAAGGCCGUCAAGAAGUCCUUGCGGUCUGCGGAGCCGAAGAGAAAGAGCAAGGCGAGUGAUGAGGACGCCAAUCUCGCGACCCUCUAG